UGCUAAAAGAUAAAAAAGGAUACAAAGCCGUAGCCUGAACAUAGUAUGAUAAUGUUAAAAAAAGUAAAACAAACAACACUGUGGUUUGUUUCGGAUUUCUGAACUUUCGAUAAAUUAGUUGGUUUAGUUUAAGUUUCGUUAUUUUAUUCAGUACUGUAAUCUGUUAGUUACACUGUCGAGCACUAAUAUUGUACGCGUAUCCAAUGUUAGAAAUAGAAGAAGUUAUUGUUGAUGAAAAUGAGGCUGAUUAUGAUGAAACGGAUUAUCCAACCCAUGACCAAACAUCGCCAAAAACACAACUAUCAGUUCCCAGAUUUAAAUUUAAUUUAAACCUCCCAAAAAGUAUUUCGGUGAAGAAAUCAUCCUCCCCAACCAUCGUUAAUGAAAGUAGAAAACAAGCAUCCCAAGUUGUGCGGAAAGUUCCCAUCAUUCGUAAACCAGGAGAAGUGGUCACCCCAUCUCGGAAACCCGCAGAAGUAGUUAAAGUUUCCUCGUCCACUUUGGAGAUACCAGCACUCGUUCGUUCCCGCUCGGAAUAUUCCAAUGCUUUGCCCCAUGACUCAAAAACACCACUCACAGCGGUCAAGUUUAAUCCAACCGACGAUGAGGUGCUAUCUGGUUCAGUGAGCGAUGCAGUGGAUGAGUUUCCGCAAGAUGACCAUGUCACACAACAUCAGAAUUCUGAUCAGUGGCAUAAGCAUUCGAAGUUCCCUGAAUCAGGAGAUACCGAAGCUAUGAGCAAGCUAACACGCAUUGAGCAGUUGCUAGAACAGGUGGUAGCUAAGCAGGAAGAGCACGACGCUGCGCUGAAAACUCUGAAAUUCGGCAUGAAACACUUACGAGCUGACCUAAAAAAUACUGCAAAUAAAGCGGUUGUCUACGCUCGCGAGACCAGCUAUCAACCAAUUCCUGUGAAGCGAGAACGAAAGCGAUUGGUCGUUUUUCCGGUUGCCGACGAUAACUACCUCUUGCAACUGGAAGAUCUGGUUCGGGACGACGGAGAAAUCCAAGAGGAUGUAAUUUCCCUUUUCGGUGAUGCCACCACAAAAAGCGCUUAUGACUUCCUGCGUAAAAAUGUUGAAUUGCUGUUUGCUCACACGUCGAAGUACACUUGGACCGGAAAAUCAUCGCAUAACAAUGCCGCGAACGUCCAGGCUCACAAUCCAGCGAACCAACUGGCCAUCGUAGACGUGCUGAUCACGUGCGGUUGUGAUAAAUUUCCCCAUUUGGGUCGCGAUGCGAUCAAGAGCGAAUUUCGCCGAGCGUUGGCCAAUUUCAACGAAUCACGAAUGGCUAGGCUGAAGCGGGGGAUUGACAAAUCCGCUAUCGAGAUGAUGGACGAGGGCGAGCAUUCGUCAGGGUAAUGAUGAAAUAAAUACGGUUUCUGAUUUGAUACCUA